CCAGGAUCGCCCUCCAUCUUUUGCGAGGGCGAUGAUCUGGGCUGCCGAGCGCAAUGGCGACUUACCACCCAAGCGAUCACUUCGAUCUGGACUCUAUUCUCGUCGAGCAGCAGAAAAUCCCUGCAGUGUUCGGACAGGUGGUGCCGGAAUAUGGCUUCCUCGACGGUCUCCAUGACACCAGUGACCUACCCGCCGAAACCAGGGUCGAGCUGCCGUUUUGGAUGGCCUCCGAGCUUGCUCAGCGCGACAUUGUGCAGCUCGAUCUCCCUAAAUGCUUUGGCCCCAAGAUCAUGUCGGACCUGACGGCAUCUGCCAAGGCCGUUCCGCUCAAUAACAUCUGCAGCUACUACUUUGCCUUUGCGACGAAACUCUUGGACCUGAUCGAAAUUCGCGAUUUGAGCUCGGUUCUGCUGGAGGCCUUCCGGAGUCGCAUUCGCGAAGUCAUGGAUUUCACCCAGACACCACAGCGCCCCGAUCGACUGGACUACCUGAAUGCGCUGGACGAGACGGAGAAGCAGCUGUAUCGAGCUGGCAGGGACUCUGUGCAUUUGUUUGAAAAAUGGCAAGGAAGCAUGACCGGCCGUAUUCGGAUGGCUUCUGUAUUGGAACGGCAGGCGAAACGGAUUCGGCGGAGCUGACGGACUGCUGGAGUCACCAUCGCUCACGGACUUGCAUCGGCGAUAGAUCUUUCAUGAGAGGGGAGCGGGAUGGCGGGAUGCCGUCCAUAAGCAAUGCACCGCAUCGCAUUCCACCAUAUCAUAUCGCAACGAGUUCAUCCCCUUGCAUCCCUUUCGCAUCCCCUUGCAUCCCCUUGCAUCGCAGCAAAUCACAGCAGAUCACAGCAGAUCACAGCAGAUCACAGC